GUUUAAGUGCGGAAGGCGCAAUAACAGAACGGCAGCGGCUCCCGUCUUCUUCCAGAUCAGCCUUUCAGUUUGAGCUACCUUGCUAAACAGUCCCUCGGCAGUAUGUCUCAGCAGGCAGGAUAUUCCCCCAACUUCAAACGACCCGCGGACAUUAUGCGGAAGAGGUGGAGGAGAUCCCGAAGUGACGCCGGUGUCCUGUCCAGCCCGAGCGGGCAGGAGUCCACGGGCAGCCCGGGACAAAGCGGCUCGUCCCCGGCGUGUGUCCGGCCGUUCUCCCCCGGACCGCUGUUCAGCAACCAGAGCCGCUCCGGAGCUGGAACCAAACGCAGGAACCCGUUCUCGAGUAUCGAAAACACGUACAGCCCCAAAAAGAAAAUACACAUCUUCAACGACGACGUGAAAAGCGACGCUGCAGACGAUCAGCAGGACGAGGACAUGUCAACAAAGAGAGAGUGUCGAGGAGUUUCAUCCUUCAGCGCAAUCCUGACCGAGGCAGAGAGACACGAGCACCGGGAUGUUCCCUUUAAGAAGUGUCUCACUGUCUCUGAGGAUGACUCUCUGUUUGAAGAAGAGGAAGAAGAGGUUAAAAGUCCACUGCUGAAGAGUCCUCAGGCCAUUGCUCCGGCCUCCAUAGCUCCCCCCGUCUGCACAGAGUAUCCAGCCGACUGGAGCCUGAAGACUCGGCUCCUCUUCACCUCCCCGCUCACCCUGUCGUGGGCCGAGCAGCCCAAAGCCCAGGAGGAGGCUCUCGGGCUCAGCCAGCAUUGUAGAGCUCAGUACACCACCCUGCCUCACACUCUCCAGGAUCCCAGGUCCUGCCCGGAGCUUCGGUGUGCCUUCCAGCAGAGUCUGGUGUACUGGCAGCAUCCCUCCCUGCCCUGGCUCUCUCUGUUCCCCAGGAUCAAUGCCGAGAGGCGCUUCACAGGGAAGAGCACCCCCUGGGCACAAAAUCCAUCCCUGCAGCAGAGUCUCAUGAGUGAAUGGUCAGUCAGUCUGUCAUCCCUCUACAGUCUACUGAAGGCCAGACAGUGUCCUUACUUCUACCUCUGCUCCUAUCAGUUUACAGUGUUGUUCAGGGCAGCAGGCCUCGGUGGUUCCAGUCCCAUCACGGCCCUGAUCUCUCCCACAACUCGAGGUCUCAGAGAGGCAAUGAAGGCUGAAGGUAUAGAGUUCAGUCUCCCUCUAGUGGAGGACAGGAGGAAGAGCAAGGACCCGCAGAACCUGGAUGGGCAGGAUGAGAAAUCGGAGGAGUGCUCUGAGCUGAAAGAAGGUGUCGAGUGUCAGGAGGGGGACGAGGGAGGAGAAGAAGGAUACAACGACGACGAGGACAGCAGCUUCUCCUGGCUGAAGGAGAUGGGAAUCCAGGACAAAAUCAAGAAGCCCGACAGCAUCAGCAUACAACUUCGUAAGGAGAGUCACACUGUGGCUCUGGACCACAAACCCGAGUCGGUGGUGUGUGUGGAGGGAUCUCACACUUUCACCCUCAUCAACUUCCUCAUCAACUGCAAGGGUUUGGUGGCCUCAGCGGGUUCCCAGGCUGGGUUGCCCCCGACCCUGCUGGCCCCCGGCGCUUUCAGAGGAGCUACAAUGCAAACGCUGAAGGCUCGCAGUGUGAACGUGAAGUGCCAGGUUGGUUCCAGCUUCCAGAAUAUCAGCAGUCUGGAGAUCACAGGACCCAUCCUCCCCUCGUCUCUCCACACCAUCACAAACCUUCUUCGGCCCUCACAGAAAGGAAACUACUCCGCUACUCUCUACACGCACGCACCUACUGCUGUCAUGAACGUGCACGCCAAGCAAGAGUGCACCCCCUGCUCCGUGGACCUGUCCGGGUGUGGCCUCCACCCCGCCUCCCUCCAGCAGCUGCAGCAGCCCUCGAGCCUGGGCAAGACCGCUCUGACACACAUCAACUUGAACAACUACAGCUACACCUGGAAAAACUGAAGGGUUGCUCAGGGAGAGAACUGAUUUCUGAUCUGAUCUUAAGUGCACCUUUUAUCUCUAAAUGUCUUUUCAAACAGAUUUUAUUUCAUUACGUUCUUUUAAAGUUGUGUCCUUAUAUUGAGUGAAUAGUUCUGAGUUUAUUUUAACACACUUAAAUGUAUUGUUGUGGCAGCUUAUUUUAAAUCAAUUUUUAUUUGUUUUCGAUUAUUAUUUUUUUUAUUUGAGAGGAAAUUGAUUGUUCAGUUUGGCUUUUAUGAAUGAAAAUCUAUUGUUGCAUUGUGACAUGUUGUCAGGUGUUUGGGACUGGAUUGCUCAGGGAAUAAAUUGAAUGCUCUGGAAUCAUUUUUUAGCUUUUUAUUCUGAAAACAACCCUAAGAGAUGUGUAUGCGGUUUAUGCCUCAGUUGUGUAAGAUUCAAACUUUCUGGAAAGCUUGUAGAAACACCAUUUAAAGUUUGAAAGAAUCAGUUACCGGCUGAUGCCUGGCUCGUUUCCUCCGUUUUAUUCUUCAUGAAAUGAAAGCAUAUAUGACAGAAUGUUGUUGAACUAUUUUUCAUCAAGAGAAAAUAAAUAAUUUAAC